AUGGCAUCGUCUAAAGCCGCAUUCUUCCUCUACCUGGGCAUCGUACAGGGGUCAUGCUUCCUCGCCAUCUUGCUGCAACUUUUGGGAUUUAACGUCUCCCAUGGAUGGGUGGCUGCGCGCAUGCUGCAGAUUUUGCAGGUGAAGUUUGGUACUGCCCUUGCAGCACAACAGGUCAUGGACAACGGACGCCCCGUGGUCUACCUCAGCAAUCACAGGAGCUGGGGCGACUUCUGGACUGAUGCCGCCUUGCUGGCUGGACCCUCCUUCAUCAGCAGGGCCAUGGUCGCAGCUGCCAUCCCUUGGACAGCACUUUGGGGCUCCAAUGAAGGGUGGCUGUGGUUCUUCUCGCGAGGUUCGAAGCACAAAGAGGGCGCUGUGGCAUGGAUGAAGCACUUUCUCUCAGAGCGAAUCAAGGGCUUUGCAGGCAAAGGAGUGGUCCUCUAUCCUGAAGGCACGCGGUCUUUGCUUCCGGAGGGCUUGCCACUUAAGCUGGGCGCCCUUGGAGCAGCCUAUGAGCUCCAAUGGCCGGUGCAGGUGGUCAUUACCACCAACAAGGAGUGCGUCACUGCCGAGAGGGAGAUGGCUGUGAACUUUGGGACCCUCUGCGUGAGCUCGGUGUCCCGGGUCAUUGACCCUGGCACCUUUGCGUCCAUGGAAGCAUUCAUUGAAGUUGUCAAGGAGACCUGGAGAAAGACCUGGAAGGAGGCCUACAGUCCGGACUUCCAGCUGCGCACUCACACGGCGCUGCCUGGUGCACAUCUCCCCACCCUGCGAUGGAGCCCCAAAGGUCCUUGGCGCUUGCAAGUCGUGCGCCUUUUGCUGCUGGCGCUGGCAUACUUGCUCUUCAAGCGGUGGAGGGCCAAGCGUGAGGUGAAGAAAGAUGACAAGCAGGAUGGUGUGGCAGUGAACUGUGACAAAUCGAGCAUUUCGUGCUCCUGA